ACCCUCGCGUACAUCACUCCGCCUCUCUCGGUCUCGCAGAAAAACCCCUUCGCCUCUACCAAUUUCUCCCAAAACCAUAGCCUUCGUGACCUAAUCACCGCGCGAUUAGAGCUAGCUGGGAAGCAUCGGCGGAGCAGCAGCGUGAGAAGCAGAAGAGGAGUUCGUCAGACUCGCGGAUUUCCUUAAUCCGCUCAUUGCCAGGAUUUACAAAUUCAGGAUUUAAAGCCAAGCGGUGGAGAAGUUUAAUUGAGUAAGAUUAAAAAUGCUCUUUUUGAUCCCAUUCCAUAACCAUUUAACCAAGUAGCCCUCUAGCAAUGGAGGAAAAACCAUUCCAGCUAUUCUCCAGCAAAUCCAAGUCUCCUCUGAAAGCCGUAGACUCCACCUUGCAACAUAUUUCCUCGACUAGAAAGAUCGUUCAUGCCGAUCACGGUGAUCCACAUGCCGAUGCAUCUAGCAUCGUCGGCUUCACUGAGCUUGGGCUUUCUAAGUGGGCUGUUGACACUUGUUUAGAGCUUGGAAUGCGGCGGCCAACUCCAGUGCAGCGCAACUGCAUCCCACGUAUACUAGCUGGCGAUGACGUUCUCGGCAUAGCUCAGACAGGGAGCGGCAAGACGGCGGCCUUCGCUCUGCCAAUCCUGCAACGUCUCGCUAUGGAGCCCUACGGUGUAUUUGCCCUAGUUCUCACUCCGACACGUGAGCUAGCGUGCCAACUCGCUGAGCAGUUCCGUGCGCUCGGAUCGUCACUGCAAUUGCGGUGCACGCUAAUUGUUGGCGGGAUGGACAUGAUCGGUCAGGCGCGGGCUCUUGCUUUGAGACCUCAUGUAGUGGUUGCGACCCCUGGGAGCGAAAUGGUACUCGAAGAAGAAGAAAAAAUUCCUGCUGUCUUCUCUAAGACCAAGUUUCUCGUUCUGGAUGAGGCGGAUAGAGUUUUGGAUGUUGGUUUUGAGGAGGAACUAAGGCUAAUUUUUAAGUAUUUGCCUACAAGUCGGCAGACUCUUUUAUUUUCUGCAACCAUGACAAGUGAGCUGCAAGCGUUGCUUGAGAUAUCUGCAAAUAGAUCAUACUUUUUUGAGGCAUAUGAAGGUUUUAAAACAGUUGAAUCUCUCAAACAACAAUACAUCUUUAUUCCUAGGAAUGUGAAGGAGGUCUAUCUCAUCCAUGUACUGUCAAAAAUGGAGGAUAUGGGCAUUAGAUCUGUCAUGAUAUUCGUUUCUACAUGCAGGGGUUGUCAUUUUUUGAGCUUGUUAUUGGAAGAACUGGAUCAACCUGCAGUUGCUUUACACUCUCAUAAGUCUCAGGCUCUCCGUCUCUCUGCAUUGAAUAAAUUUAAAUCGGGACAGGUUCCUAUUUUGCUUGCUACAGAUGUAGCUAACCGAGGCCUGGAUAUUCCAACGGUAGAUCUUGUCAUUAACUAUGAUAUUCCAAGGUAUCCACGGGACUAUGUACACCGUGUAGGUCGUACUGCCAGGGCAGGCAGAGGAGGCAUUGCCCUAAGCUUCAUAACACAGAAUGAUGUAGAUCUUAUUCACGAGAUUGAGACUGCUGUUGGAAAACAAUUGGAUCUAUUUGAAUGCGAAGAGAAGGAGGUGCUUGAGGAUAUCACCAAGGUGUACAAAGCCAGGCGUGUUGCUAGAAUGAAGAUGAAUGAUGAUGGAUUUGAAGAAAAGGCCAAAGAAAGAAAAGCAUGUAAGAUGAAGGCAUUAGAAGAGAAGGGCUUGCUGAAGAAAAGGAAAUAUAAAUCUAAAGAGUGAAAUUUCUUAUAUGGUUUGUAUUCUGUGCUCUGAUGAGUUUUAUUAACAAUUUUGUAGCCUUGUUUGUUUUAGUUAAAGCUAUUUAUUUAUCACAUGUUCGUGUACUAGAUUCUGUACAAUUAUCAUUAUAACUAUAUUCAUUAACUUCUAA